GAAAGAGAGAGAAUGGAGAUUCCUGUGAUUGACUUUAACAAGCUUGAUGGCGAGAAGAGGAGAGAAGAAAUGGCUCUGGUGCAUGACGCUUGUGAGAACUGGGGCUUCUUCAUGGUUGAGAAUCAUGGAGUUGACAAAGAGUUGAUGGAGAAGGUGAAGAAACUGGUGAUUUUGCACUAUCAGGAAAGCAUGAAAGAUAGUUUUUAUAUGUCAGGGAUCGCUAAAGGCUUGGACAAAGGGGGAAGUCCCUCAAAUGCAGCAGACUGGGAAAGCACUUUUUUCAUUUCACAUCGACCAACUUCUAACAUCAAUGAGUUUACAAACCUCUCAGAUGAUCUUCGCAAGACAAUGGAUGAAUACAUUGAUCAACUUAUAAAACUAGCAGAAAAGUUGUCAGAACUCAUGUGCAAGAAUCUCGAUUUAGAGAAAGGAUACAUAAAAGAAGUGUUCUCAGGAAAUAUUGGUGCUUCUGUGGGAACAAAAGUCGCUAAAUCCCCUAAAUGUCCUCACCCUGAACUCAUAAAGGGGCUCCGAGAGCACACCGAUGCUGGUGGAAUCAUCCUCCUGCUCCAGGAUGAUCAGGUCCCCGGUCCUGAAUUCUUCAAAGAUGCUAAAUGGGUGGAGAUUCCACCUUCCAAGCACAAUGUCAUCUUUGUAAACACAGGUGACCAAGUCGAAGUGUUGAGUAAUGGAAGGUAUAAGAGUGCCCUGCAUCGCGUCAUAGCAAGCAAGAACGGAAGCAGACUGUCUGUUGCUACCUUCUUCAACCCAGCAGGUGAUGCCAUCAUUUCUCCAGCCCCCAAACUCUUAUAUCCAAAUCACUACCGUUUUCAAGAUUAUAUGAAACUUUAUGCCACAACAAAGUUUGCUGAUACUAUAUUUUAUAGGUUAAACUACAAUUAUGUCCAUACCAUUUCACUGGAAAUGAGACGUUGGUGGCAGGAGAGGCAAAUGAUUUUCCUCUCUUCUGCCACUUCUCCACACAGCAGUUUCUGGGAGAAGGCAGAAAUGUGA